AUGACUAAAUUGGACCUCUACUAUCACCCAUACUCGAUCUGCUCCCUGCAAGUACUGUACACCUUGGCGAUCGCUGCAGCAUAUACGGACGCAGGAAAGGGCGUUCCAGAGAUAGAACAGCAUUUCGUUGACAUCUUCAAAGAUGACCAGCUCGAGGAAACCUUCCUCACGAGGAUCAAUCCCAAAGGCCAGGUCCCGGUCCUAACAUCCACAGAACUGCCAUCGCCAAUAGCCGAUAGUCUGUUGAUCACCAAGUAUCUCAUGGACCGUUGGCCAUGCUUGAGCCCGCCUGAACACGCUGCUAUGAUAGAAAACCUGCUGGACGAGAUCCACACUUUGAACUACUUCGCACUAUCAUUCCCAGACCGUCCACAGAUCGCCGAUAAGCUCGUCAGUACCGUGGAAGAACGACUGGCAAGAUCUAACCUUAGCCUCAAAUACGGAGAAGCACUUGCGUACAAGCUAUCUGUCACAAUCGAAGAGAAGUUCAACGGCAUCAAACCUGAAAAUACAGAGAUCAACGAAGGGAAAGCCAAGCGACUGUUUGCUAAGCUAGAAUCUCUGCUGCACGAGAGCCCGUGGCUGCUUGGCCUGAAGCAGCCCACAGCAUUGGACGCUCACGCAGUCAUUCUGAUCGCAAGAUUAUCCGACGUUGGUCGUACAGCUAUCGUCCCGAAAAGGUUGCAGAUGUACGCGGGAGCGGCUUUCGAGACACCUGUGCUUCAGAGCGUUAUGCAGGGACGACGUACGAUGAUCUCGAAGGCUUAG